AUGGAUGAGGCAAGGCCUCAGUAUGCGGCGACAUCCUCGCCAGAUGUCGAGGAGCAUAUGAGUGUCGGCCGCUACAUCUCAACUCGUAUUUCCUCUCUCGUGCCUCCGAUGAAUCCCGCGCCGAACCCUUUCAAGGCCCUGACACUGCUUAACCGGACUCAGUGGCUUAAUUUCUUGGUCGCGUUUCUUGGAUGGUCUUGGGACUCGUUCGACUUCUUCACCGUCUCACUUACUACCUCCGAGCUUGCCGAAUCAUUCGAUAAAUCCGUGACCGACAUUACAUGGGGAAUCACCCUAGUGUUGAUGCUGCGAUCCGUCGGUGCGAUCACCUUUGGAAUCGCGUCCGAUCGAUGGGGCCGUAAAUGGCCCUUCAUCGUCAACCAGCUGCUCUUCGUGGUCCUCGAGCUCGGCGGCGGUUUCUGCCAAACUUAUAAACAGUUCCUGGCCUGUCGCGCCUUGUUUGGAAUUGCCAUGGGUGGCCUGUAUGGUAAUGCAGCUGCUACCGCGCUGGAGGAUUGCCCGCCUGCUGCCCGUGGUAUAAUUUCAGGACUCUUGCAGCAAGGUUAUGCUUUUGGAUAUCUGCUAGCCACGGCUUUCGCUAGAGGUCUUGUGGAUACUACCCCGCAUGGAUGGCGGCCGCUGUUCUGGUUUGCGGCUGGUCCACCAGUCUUGAUUAUUAUCUUCCGGUUGUUCCUAGGCGAAACCGAGACUUUCCGUCGACGUCAGGAGGCGCGGCAGGAAGUGCGCGGAGGUGUUGCGGCGUCGUUCAUGUCAGAAGGGAAGGUUGCACUGCAGCGGCAUUGGCUGAUGCUCAUAUACUUGGUUCUGCUUAUGUCCGGGUUUAAUUUCAUGUCACACGGAUCUCAGGAUCUGUACCCGACCAUGCUGGAGAACCAGUUCAAAUUCUCAAAGAAUGCAGUCACUGUCACACAAGUCGUCGCCAACCUGGGGGCUUUGUCAGGUGGCAUAUUAUGCGGCUGGGCCAGUCAGAUCUUCGGUCGCCGGUUCUCUAUCAUCGCCAUCUCCAUCGUUGGCGGCGCCUUGCUCUACCCUUACACAUUUGUCCAGAACAAGAAUGUCAUUGCUGCAGCCUACUUCGAGCAGUUUAUGGUCCAGGGUGCAUGGGGUAUAGUCCCCAUCCACCUUAUGGAGCUAUCGCCAGGACCUAUCCGCACCUUCGCCGUUGGCACAGCCUACCAACUCGGAAACUUGGUCUCCUCCGCUAGCUCGACUAUUGAAUCAACCAUCGGUGAACGCUUCCCGUUGCCUCCAACUGCAACAGUCCCCCACCGUUACGAGUACGGCAAGGUCAUCUGCAUCUUCAUGGGCUGUGUUUUUGCCUAUGUUAUUUUGAUUACAAUUGCUGGGCCAGAGCGUUUGGGUCGUAACUUCGACGCUGAGCAUGAUGCGGACCUCCAGGAGGUUGCUGCUCACCGCGGCCUCAAUACCAAGGGGGACUUUGGGGAAGAUCCCGAGAAGGCUAGAACUUCUAUUGUGCCGUAG